CAAAAGCUCAAGUAUCCACCCUCAAGGAUGCCCUGGACUGUAUUUCAGCAAUGAAGAGAAGCAUCGAGUCUCAAGUAGAAAAAACUGUUCAAGAGAUUGGAGAACGAUUUCAGGACUUGACUGCUAGUCUUAACACUCGUCAAGAGGAACUGGUAAAUGGAGUACAAGAGCUCAAGAAAGCAAAACUAAACACUUUGCAAAAUCAGCAAGAAGAAUUGAAAUUGGCCCUAGACAUUGUGCAAAGUGGUGUUGGGUUCACAGAGAAAACUAUCAAACAUGGUAGUGAUGUUGAAAUUUUGAACUUGCGCAAACAAAUACGCAAAAGAUUACAAGAACUGAAUUCAACUAUUUGGCACCUAGAACCCUGUACUGAUGAUGCUAUCAAGUUUAUAGUUGAAAAAGAACUGAAAGAAGAAGUUUCCACCUUUGGUGUCAUCACAGAUGUCAUGACCAAUGCUGAGGCAUCAACAAUAAUGAUGGGUCAUGGUUCAGAGGGCAUAAUCUACAGUACACUGUGUAGACAGCCUGUUCAGUUCACCAUAAUUGCCAAGGAAUGGAAUGGAACAAAGCGAAUAGAAGGAGGUGAUCCUUUCACAGCUUCUUGCGACACUGGUGCUGGUGUUAAAGCCCUUGAGGUGAAGGACUGUGGAGAUGGUACCUACAUUUUCUCAUACACUCCUGAACAAGAGGGUCGAUAUAAAUUGGUUGUGCAGCUGCUGGGUCGUGAUGUGGGUGGAAGUCCAUUCACUUGGUCCGUAAAAAAAUGGCGUCUUCUAUGCAUUUCAGGAAGCUCUCAAGGUGAAGUGCUAUUGUCUGAAGAAAAUCUGACUGCUCAAUACACGUUGCAGUCAGCCGUAACGUCCUCUGUCUGGAAAGCAUACCCUAAUGCUUCAAGUUUCACAUCUGGUCAAAAGUUUACUGCUUCAAAUUCACCAUUUGGCAGUACCAGUACUAGUGCUGCAAGCUUGCUGUCAAAUGGCAUUUCCCAAAGCACCAAAACCUCACACAGCAGUGAAGGCACUGUUCGGCCCUUUGGUGCAAACAAUUGGCAUUAUGUGGUGAGUUCUAUUUCAUUCAACAAUGGCAAACAUUCAUGCAAAGCUAAACUAAUUGGCAAUAUUAAAGAAGGUUUUAGCUUUGGGGUCAUCAGUACGUGUAGAGGAUCACAUGGCAAGCUGGCCAGUCUGGGUAACUGGUGGGUGUGGAAUUCCAAACAAAUGAAGCACCUCCUGCUCUCAAGCAACAUGCAUGUUAAGAACAGCACUAUUACAGACUUUGAGAGCAAUGAUAUUGUAGAAAUGUACCUGGACUGUGACAAAGGAACACUUAUUAUAUACAAUCAACGUACCAAAGAGUCAGACAUUUGGCAUGGCAUUGCUGGAGAUACUUGUCCAGUGUUUCACAUGACCAGCCAUGGAGACCAGGUUUCUCUAUUACUUUAGAGGGCUCAAAAUUGAUUUGA